UGAUGUCCGGCAGAUUAUGGCGAUUAGGGAAAGGAUGCGGCAGGUGCCGGGCAUAAGCGUCGAGUCCCUGGACGAGGGGACUGCGCCCCCCCACCUAGACCCAUCUGCAACCCCAACAUCCCUCCAGGCAGCCGUCUAUGACUGGCAUGAGGACGACGACGAUGAUGAUUUCAUGUACGAGAGAGGCGGGAAGCGGAGAAGACCCCAGUUGCUCGAGGUGAGCGGGGCUGGCAGCGGUGACGUCACAGACUCGUCCUCCGUAAGCGAUGACGUCAGCAUCGGAGCCGGAGGGGGUCAGGGGGAGGACCGGCGGAACGGAGGCAGGCGCAAGAGACCGUCCUCCUCGGCGAGGGAGAGGAACCUCCGUCGGCUGGAGAGCAACGAGAGGGAGCGCAUGAGGAUGCAUUCGCUCAACGACGCCUUCCAGGCUUUGCGAGAGGUGAUCCCCCACGUGAAGAGGGAGAGAAAGCUGUCCAAGAUCGAGACGCUGACGCUGGCCAAGAACUACAUUAUGGCCCUGACGAACGUCGUGUGCGAGAUGAGAGGCGAAGACAAACCCUACCAGCUCUUCCCAAGUCCCUCCUCAACGACACAACCUACGUCUCCAAACCCCUGCUACUCCAGUCCAAACACCCCCACCAGCACCAGCACCACCAAUACUGCUACCAGCCAAGUCAUUCUCAACAACAACAUCACCAGCCCCAACAACAACAACAACAACAACAACAACAUGAUCUCCAAAGAUACGGAAAUCUUUUAGGGCGUUCAUCGGGUUCACUUCCAUUGUUCGACUGCCGGACAGUAUUACGGUGUUUGCUUGGCUGCGGGGAAAAUAAAAACAGGAAAAAAAAAGGGAGGCUGGGAAAUGUAUUGCAGUUUUUGAAGUCUGGAAAUGAAGUAUUUUCCUGGAAAGUUUCCGAAAGUGGAUAAAUGUACCUGGAACUCAUUACCUGUGUUGCAUUCCAAGCCUUGAUUCCAGAAGGAUUUUAUGGAGAAAAUACGAAGUCUUAUUUCCUGAUCUUCAUCUCAUUUCUGGUUCUAGAAAACCCAUUUACUCUCUCUCUCUCUCUCUCUCUCUCUCUCUCUCUCUCUCUCUCUCUCUCUCUCUCUCUC